AUGGCUACCGACUACUCCCACGAGUUGAAUGUUGCUCUUCUGGCCGUGCAGCGCGCCACUCUCCUCACCAAAUCCGUCUUCCAUUCCCACGCCAAAGGCACGCUUAACAAGAGCGACGCAUCCCCCGUUACCAUUGGCGACUUCGGCGCCCAGGCGUUGAUCAUCGCGGCCCUCCAGCACAACUUCCCCGAAGACGAGAUCGUUGCCGAGGAGGAAGCAAAAGACUUGAGGGAGAACGACAGCUUGAAGAACACAGUCUGGGGCCUUGUGCAAGAUGCGAAACUCUCGGACUCGUCUGCAGAGCAGAUACUGGGAGGCCCAAUCAAAUCGGCAGAGUCGAUGUUGGACCUGAUUGACAAGGGCGACAGCAAGGGCGGCAACAAGGGUAGGAUCUGGGCCAUUGAUCCAAUUGACGGCACCAAAGGCUUUCUUCGAGGCGGGCAGUAUGCUGUGUGUCUAGGUCUCAUGGUCGACGGAGAUGUCAAGGUCGGCGUGCUUGGCUGCCCAAACCUGCCAGUCUCCGACUCUGAGCCGUUGACUGAGAGCAUGGGCGCCGAUGCCACUGAUUCCGAGGGCAAGGGUGUCUUGUUUUCCGCUGUUCAAGGUCAAGGCGCACAGAGCAGGCCACUGGCCAAGGGAGGGCUAGAGACAGGCAGCAAGAUCGCGAUGAAACCUCUCGCCAACAUCGCCGACGCUACCUUCUGCGAGUCGGUGGAAGCUGGGCACAGCAACCAGAGCGACUCCGUCCAGAUCGCGAACAAGCUUGGCAUCACCAAGCCCAGUGUGCGAAUGGACAGCCAGGCCAAGUAUGGCAGCAUUGCGAGAGGUGCCGGAGACCUGUACCUGCGGCUGCCCGUGAGGAAAGACUAUGUCGAGAAGAUCUGGGACCAUGCGGCAGGAGAUCUCACUGUGAGAGAGGCCGGUGGUCAGGUUACAGAUGUAGAGGGUAAGAGGUUGGACUUCAGCUAUGGGAGGACACUGAAGGAGAACAAGGGCGUUAUUGCGGCGCCCAAGGACGUUCACAGCCAUGUCAUCGAUGCCGUGCAGGCUGUCCUGGGCAGCAAGCAAUAG